AAAGAGACACACCACACAGCAGUGAGUUCUGAGUUGAGUAGAGUGGAGUGAAGGCCUUCUUGAGAAUUUUAGUAAGUGAAUAAGCCUUGGAGCCAUGAAUAAAAGUGGAAAGAGAAAGAAUACUGUGGUUAAAUCCGGGAAUAGAAUUUUCAACUCUUCACUGCUACAGUAUCAUGUGACUUGGUUGUCAUCGUUUUAUUUGCCAUACAUGUAAAGAUUGUGUUGAAUCCAGUAAUAAAGAGAUGUAUUCAUGGAGAAACAUUGGAAAAGUGCAGUUGCACGAUCAUUGUGUGAUUAUUUUUUUGAUCAGCAAAGGAGAGUUUUGUCCCCUGAAGAUACUCCACCAGUUAUUGCUACACCGCAUCAUUAUUUAAUUAGUAUUUAUCGAUGUCACAUGUUUUUUGUUGCUGUCUGUACGACCGAAGUUCCACCACUAUUUGUUAUCGAAUUUUUACAUAGAGUUGUUGAUACAUUUGAAGAUUAUUUCAAUGAAUGUACUGAAACUAUUAUUAAAGAAAAUUAUGUUGUUGUCUACGAAUUAUUAGAUGAAAUGUUGGAUAAUGGUUUUCCUUUGGCGACUGAAUCUAAUAUAUUGAAAGAACUUAUAAAACCACCUAAUAUUUUAAGAACAAUCGCUAAUACAGUAACGGGGAAAUCCAAUGUGAGCGCAACUUUACCUAGCGGCCAGUUAUCCAAUAUUCCAUGGAGGAGAACAGGAGUAAAGUAUACAAAUAAUGAAGCUUACUUUGAUGUAGUUGAAGAAGUUGAUGCAAUAAUUGAUCGAACAGGCGCUACUGUUUUUGCCGAAAUUCAAGGAUAUGUUGAUUGCUGCAUUAAAUUGAGUGGAAUGCCUGACCUUACAUUGUCGUUUAUGAAUCCACGAUUAUUUGAUGAUGUCAGUUUUCAUCCUUGUGUUAGAUUCAAGCGAUGGGAGUCAGAACGAAUUCUUUCGUUCAUUCCUCCUGAUGGUAAUUUCCGAUUGUUGUCAUAUCAUAUUGGGUCACAAAGUAUAGUAGCAAUUCCAAUUUACGUAAGACACAAUAUUAAUUUAAAAGAAUCUGGUGGUGGCAGAUUGGAUAUAACAGUUGGGCCUAAGCAAACUGUUGGUCGAACAGUUGAGAAUGUUACACUCGAAAUACCGAUGCCGAAAAUUGUUCUAAAUUGUACUUUGGUACCAAACCAAGGAAAAUAUUCAUUUGAUCCUGUUAGUAAAGUAUUAUUUUGGGAUAUUGGAAGAAUAGAUGUUUCAAAGUUACCCAACUUACGAGGAUCUAUUACCAUACAAAAUGGAGCAACAUUUUCUGAAUCAAAUCCUGCUAUUAAUGUACACUUUACAAUAAAUCAAUUAGCUGUAUCUGGUUUGAAAGUAAGUGGCUUGGACAUGUAUGGCGAAAAAUAUAAACCAUUUAAAGGUGUUAAGUACAUUACUAAAGCUGGGAAAUUCCAAAUACGAAUGUAA